AUGUCAUUUGCUGUUGAUUUCAGUGCCCUUGCUGGCCAAUCGUGCAUUGUCAAUGCGUUGUUGUACGUUGCAUUGGCAAUUGGAGUGUGUAAAUUGACCACUUUGACGCUGAGUUAUGCCUCUUUGCUGUUGGACGUAUUUGUCCUCCCACCUGUUGAUUUCAAGACUUAUGGUGCUAAAACCGGUAAAUGGGCUGUAAUCACGGGUGCUUCUGAUGGUAUUGGUAAGGAGUAUGCAUUGCAAUUGGCCAAGAGAGGAAUGAAUGUUGUGUUGAUCUCAAGAACGCAAUCCAAGUUGGACGCACUUGCCGAGGAGAUUGAACUCAAGUACAAAGUUGGGACAAAGACAUUGGCCAUUGACUUUGCUGCUGACAAGGCUUCGAACUACGAAUCGAUCGCAGAACUGUUACAGAGCUUGCCAGUCACUGUGCUGAUCAACAACGUUGGCCAGUCCCACAGCAUCCCUGUUCCAUUCGUGGAGACAUCCGAUGAAGAGCUGAGAAACAUCAUCACCAUUAACAACACUGCAACUCUGAAAACCACGCAGAUCGUCAUCCCAUUGAUCCAGUCCACUUUGAAGCAGAACAAGGGAACACGUGGGUUGAUUUUGACCAUGGGCUCUUUCGGUGGGCUGUUGCCAACUCCCUUGCUUGCAACCUAUUCUGGUUCCAAGGCCUUCCUCCAAUCGUGGAGCUCUGCUCUUGCUGGUGAGUUAGCUAGCGACAACAUUGACGUUGAGCUAGUGAUUUCCUACCUCGUCACCAGCGCAAUGUCAAAGAUCAGACGUACCUCGGCCACCAUCCCAAACCCAAAGGCCUUUGUCGCCUCCGUGUUGAAGACAGUGGGGCGCCGUUGCGGUGCACAGGAGCGCUACGCUACAUCCACCCCGUUCUGGUCCCAUGCCAUAAUGCACUGGGCCAUUGAAAACACCGUGGGCGUCUAUUCAAAGCUCGCAAACACUUUGAACUUGAACAUGCAUCUGAGCAUCAGAAAAAGAGCAUUGAAGAAAUUGGCAAAGGGUAAAUAG